GAUGCUCAAUCGAUGGCGUAUGCUCAUACAUAAAAAAUUACUUUUAAUUAAGAAAUGCGUGUCUAUGUUCUUAUUACAAUGUAUGUUGAUGAAGCUUUUAAGAAAACGAGUGUCCAUGAUGACAAGGAGAAUAAAACCGUUUGUAAAAGGUCUAAUUGACUGUUGUAACAAGAUGCAUUGCCUUAUUGCAUACACCUCAGUAGCGGCAAACUGUUUUCAUGUAGCUUUAUGAAAUAAAAAGAUUUUGUUAGAUCUACCAUCCUAUAAGAUCUAAACUCGGAAUGUCUUGUAUCACUGAGAUGUCUUAGAUCGGUAUAUACAGUCAACUGGAGAAAAAAGGAGCAUCAUCCGAGUUACUAAUAUCUUGUAGAGGUCUCUUAGGAAAUGUAGACCUGAGACCGAUUCUGGCUUGUAACCUCCAUCAUCCGAUCCAUGCUGAUGCAAGCGGCAGCCAAAUGUUCCAACUGAAGAUGCGGCAAUGUCUGGUGAAACGUGAAAUACAAUAGCUGGCUCGUAACCAUAUACAUAUAAAUAUAACCAGUUAUGAGUAGUUACACACUGGACAUUUUAUCAUUACAAAGGUAUCGGUAUAUUCAAGUGUAGGGAAGAAGGUGGAAAAUACUACGGCCAUUGUGACCGUGCGGAUUUUGACCUAGAACACGUGUCAAACCCGAUGACGCAAAGAGGAGUAAACAACCCCAAACUGUGCCAGACAGCUGAUGUAGGCUAGGAUGGACGGUUUGAAGGUCGCUCCCGAAUCCAGACAGAUAGUCGUCCUUACUCUGUCUUCUGCAGCUGUUAUCGCGGCUGGAAUAGCCUACCUGAAGUGGCGGAGGCCGCGGAAAGGGAAUAGGCAGUACGUCUCAGUCGGCCAUGUCUCCAAAAUCUACGUCCACCCAGUAAAGUCGUGCCGGGGUCAGGAGGUGGGGGAGGCCGAGGUGACUAAACAAGGUCUUCGGCUGGAGGGGGUUAUGGACAGACACCUGCUGAUCUUUUAUAAGGACAGCUUCUUGGACGCACGUACAGAGCCCCGGGUAGUGCUGGUCUCACCACAGUGUGUUGGAGACGGACAGGUCAGGCUGGAGGCACCUGGUAUGGACCCGCUUACACUCCCAAGACCCAACAAACAGAAAGUAUACAGUAUCAGCAUGUGGGGAGUUGAAGGAGACGCUGUAGACUGCGGCCCGGAGGCUGCCGCCUGGCUGGAGAAGUUCUUCGGGAAGACGGGCUACAAGCUGGUCAUGUCCACACCGGGAAGUAAGAAGAGACGUGCUGAUCAGCACCCAAAGUACAAAGAUAUCGCCAAGCCAGAUCACAAGGUGGGUUUUCAGCAUGAAACUGCCUUGUUGCUAGCGUCAGAUGCGUCUCUUGGCGACCUGAACAACAAGCUAGCCACUCCUGUAGCCAUGCGCAACUUCCGACCCAACAUUGUGGUGGCAGGGUGUGAGCCAUUUCAAGAGGAUGACUGGCAGUAUGUGCGAAUUGGAGAUGCAGAGAUCCGGAGAAUGUUACCCUGUGACAGGUGUUUGAUGACCACGAUCGAUCCGGAGACCGGUAUGAAGAACGGUACACUGGAACCUCUCAAGACUCUUAGAAGCUAUCGUUUGACGGAGGAUGAGAAAUACAAGGCAGUGUUCGGACACGGCCCCCUGUUCGGGCUGACCUGCGGAGUGGAGCAGGAGGGAGCGAUCCACAUCGGGGACACGGUGUAUGUGUGUACGUGAGGCGGGAAUCCUCCGCCGACAAGACGCAGAAUGGUUCCAAUGCAUUGUGUGUCUAGAACACAAUGUUAUGAUUUACAUCUCCUGUGCUAUUAGUUCACAUGUACCCUGCUACCACGACCACGGUAUCCGAGAGGUAUACGAUGAUGACGAUUGAUCAUUAGACAUGUACAUGAUCUUACACGUACUGCUGUUUGAUAUAACGAUAAUGUCAGGUAUAUGAACUUUGAUAUAGGGCGUAAACCAUAGUGUCACUUCUAUAAUAUGAUGAGAUUUUACUAAAAUCGGACAGUGAUGCCCUGACAAUGCGUCUUGUUGGGAUACGUGAUAUAAUGAUUUGUGAUAUAGAUUCAGCACCAAGGACGAGCCCCUAAACUUCGUAAGAACAGUUUUAAUAGACUUAACUUGUUUGUAACGUUCCCCGACGUACUGUUCGUCUUAGGCAACCAAUUUAACCUUGUAUCUUAGGUAUAACUUUUCAAGACUGGCGCUAUGUUGCCUCCUUGUUGCUAACUAAUGAAGUACAGUAUCGACUGGUAGGAGGAAAUAAACAAACGACCACUUUCAAACAUAA